CAGGUUUUCACCGAUGACUGGCGCGAACACCCGGAAGAAUGACUACGAACAUGAACUCUCAGUUCACAGCGUCUGACAAACCCGCUCCUGUUCAGACCCUGACAGUCAUCUUACUCCGCGCUCUGUUUCUGUCUCGUCUAACAAAAACCUUGUCGUGACUAUUAGAAAAAAUGAAUGUAUUUCACCUGCAAGGACUCGGUAAAAGCACGGUUGUCUUGGUGUUCGUGUUGAGCGCCGCUCGUUGCUGUCAAGCGUUCAACUUGGACGUGAGGUUUGCAGUCGCCAAAGAGGGAAAGACAGCGGGCAGUUUGUUUGGGCUUUCGGUUGCACUGCACGAGCAGCUCGUAGGAGAGAAAAGACACCUACUUCUUGUAGGUGCACCGAAAGAGAAAGCAGAGGCAGGAGUGUCAGCAAAUGAGACUGGAGAUGUAUAUGCCUGUCCAAUCACUGCAGACACCAAAGACUGCAGAAGACUGAACCUUCUCACCUCAAAUUUUGAAGACAGACCAGACCCUAAGAAUGAUGUGAUGGAUGGGAUGUGGCUAGGUGUGUCGAUAGCCAGUCAGAGUCAACCAGGGGGCCGUGUACUGGCCUGUGGCCAUCGUUAUGUACGGGACUAUGGAACCAACUUUCGGAUGAUUGGGAGGUGCUAUGUUCGUGGAAAUGAUUUACAGUAUAACGAUGAAGACUCUGAAUGGCAGUCAUACAGCGAGGUGUGUGAGCCCAGAGAUGAUCAGAUGAGUGAAGGCAUGUGUCUUGCUGGAAUGUCUGCUGCCAUCACUCAGACGGAGAUCUUCCUGGGUGCACCUGGAUGCUUUAACUGGCAAGGAAACACAUUUUCGCUGUGGUAUAACCCUGAAGUUAAGUUUGGUGAAGUGAAGAGCAAGCUUCCAAACUUCCAGAAUAGAGGGAAUAUUUAUACUGGUUACUCUAUAGCUGUGGCUCAAGGUGUGCUAAGAAAAGACAAAGACACAGUGGUAACAGGAGCUCCAAGAGAUGAAGCCAAAGGAUCUGUGAUGAUGGCUGAAGUUUUUAAAGACAGUGUCAAAGGAGAAGUCAAAAUAAAAGCCACUGUCAUGGGGGAACAAGUCGGAUCCUAUUUUGGCAGCAGUGUUGCAAUUGUUGACCUUAACAAUGAUAGCUGGAAGGAUCUGAUUGUUGGAGCUCCUUUCUAUUUUGACCGGAAAAACGGUAAAGGCGGGGCAGUGUAUGUCUAUAUGAACCGGAUCGGGUCUUUUCUUGAAAAAGCCGAUGUGGUCCUCACUGGGCCUAAGGACUCAGCUUUUGGAAUGGCUGUUGCUGCUAUUGGUGAUGUUAACCAGGAUGGCUUUCAAGAUUUUGCUGUUGGUGCUCCAUAUCAUAGUAAAGGCAGGGUAUAUAUAUGGAUGGGCAACAAAGCGGGUAUUUCCCAAACGCCAAGCCAGGUCAUUGAUGGGAAAGACAUCCCAGGUGGUGGAUUCCAAACAUUUGGCUAUUCUGUCAGUGGUGGCAUGGAUGUGGACAGGAACGGUUACCCAGACAUAGCAGUCGGAUCAUUAGAUGAUCGUGUGGUCUUGCUAAGAGCACGUCCUGUGAUCCACCUGAAUAAUUCUUUCAUUGUGAAACCACCAGUUAUCAGCCCAGAAGACUGUGAUGCCUGUAUUGAAGCUGAAUUCUGCUUCUCCUACACAUUCAGCACCGGCAGUACCAGUUCCCAAAAGAGUAUUACUUUUCGAUAUACGGUGGAAGCCGAUCAGCAAUCGUCUCGGAGCCCUCGUGUCCGUUUCCUUGACAACAAAGAGGGCAAAUACACUGGCAAUAUGUCUGUUAAUCCGUCUGGAGAUUGUCAUUCUCUGAAACUGGAGCUAGUGUCCAAAACGAUCCAAGACAAGGUUGCUCCGAUAGUUUUCUUGCUGAGCGUGACUUUGGUGGAGCCUGUUCCCUCGGGUAGGCAGACGCUGGAAGACCUCAGUGCUUUUCCUGUGAUCAGCCAAAGAUACGCUCUGACUGGCAGAGCUGAGAUUCACAUUCAAAAAGCCUGUGGAUUAGAUAACAAAUGUGAGAGCAACCUUCAGAUGACGGCUGCAUUCACAGAUGAGCAGAACACACCGUUCCCCACGCAGAAUGGCCUCCAGAUUUUCCACUACACUACUGACGUGAAGAAGCUGAAGUUGAUGGUGAAUGUUUCCAAUGUUAAAUCACAGGACAGGAAAGCAGAAGACGCUUACGGUGCUCUUCUAAAUGUCACCAUUCCCUCCUCACUCAGCUUCUCCAGCCUGAAACCCAAGAACUUAAAUGUUGAAUUGUCGCCUGGGGUGCCUUAUCUUCUGUGUACACUGGGGGACCCCUUCAAAAGCAAUCAGAGGGUGGAGAUUGAGAUCACCUUUGAAACGGCAGAUAUCACAAUAGACGUGCAGGAGAUUCAGACUGAACUGCAGCUCUCAACGUGGAGCGAUCAGAAUGAUCUAAAGCCCCUGUCGAGAGUACUGAAGGUGGAGUACGUCCUACAGCCCUUCUUUAAUAUCCCUCGCUCCGAGUUUAGGACAGAAUUCAGUGGAAAAGUAGUAGGAGAAUCAGCCAUGAAAAGUACCAGUGAUAUUGGAAGCCCAGUGGAAUUCAACUUGACGGUGGCUCUUUCUGGAAAACCUCUGGGAAAUCUGGGGUAUCUGGAAGUGGUCUUUCAGUGGCCUUAUGCUGUGGCUAAUCAGAAAUGGCUGCUUUAUCUGUCACAGAUUGAGAUGGCAGGAACCUCCAAGCAAUUCUGUGUCCCUGAAAAUAACGUCGUAAACCCCCGUAAUUUCACUGUGUCAGAGCGCAAGACAAGAAGGAGGAAAAGAGACGAGGACUCCUCUAUGUCUGAACAGACUGAACCGCAGACCCUCCCGAACCCACGGGCCGUCCAGAGGAAACCGUCUGCCAACCUGAACUGUGUCAUGGGAAGUGCCCUUUGUCAGACAUUCAGCUGCCCCUUGCUUGGCAUGAACACCUCGGCCAAUCUCACUGUCAGAGCACGAGUAUGGAACAGCACAAUGCUUGAGGACUACAAUGGUGCAAGAGUACUUGUGUUUGGUAGUGCCACACUGAGUCUAAAAACAGAAAAAUCAACCAUCAAGAUGAGCAAUUACACCCGUGAGUUUACAGUAGCUAUAGACCCUGCAGAGGCAGAAGAGCUUCAGUAUGAAAUGCCUCUGUGGAUAAUCAUCGUGUCCGUGUUGGCAGGAGUGAUUCUGCUGGGUCUGAUUGUCAUUUUACUGUGGAAGAGUGGCUUUUUUAAGCAGGCUGCCUACUUCCGGACUAUGUCAAAAUACAGAGGCGUGAAGAUUUGUAAGAAGGAACAGUACCAGGUAAACCAGGGCUUUUUGAUUGUGGACACCACAAACAAUAAGAAACACUGGAUUGCAAGCUGGACCGAAAAGACACAGUACUACUGAUGAAAGCACUCUUCAGCUGUCUCUCUUAGACAGUGGAAUAGACUUUACAGACGUUUAUGUCUGAAUCAACGCAACUCUACCUGAUUUUAUUGAACUUCUGGAUAUCAGGUAUAAUUAAACACGUUCAUUCAAAACUGUCAUGAACUGAUUAUACAGACGAUUUUAGAUUACAUACUGUAUUGAUGUUUAUUGUUUUACAGUUUUUCAACUGAAUAUAUGUAUUGUGUAUGUUGACGGGUUCAACAAUAAGGAUUUUUCCUUCUGGCUCAGUAGUUCAUAUUUGUGCUUAGCCUGCCAGCAUUUUCACUGUCACCCACCACAAAGUAAUGAUCCGUUUUUAUAUUUAUGCUCUUGAAAAUGAAUGUUCUUUAUUGGCAUCUGUGGUUCAUCCAUGGAAUCUUCCCAAUGCACACAAUGUUCUUCGUGGUGGAAAAAGGUUAUUUAGAUUUUUUCUUUAGGUUCUCUGGGGAAGCCAAAAUAGUUUUUCUGUGAAAGCAGCAAAAAAGUAUAUUGUAACCUUUAUUUUUAAGAGAAUUGCAAUGUGUUUUUACUGUAUAUUUGCUAGAAAUAUUUUUUUUUAUUGAAUGUUACUUUUGAUUUUUUUAUUCAUUAAAAGGAUUUUAUUAAAAUUGCAAGAAGACAACAUGCAACAAGCUGGAAAUUACACAGCUAGAAUACUGUUAUUUAUUUCUGCUGAACAACAAUGGAUUAUACUGAGGGAAAAAACAAUGGUUUAGAAACAAGUUUCACUCAGAGAUUUCAGACAUUUUACAAUUAAGUACAGAGAAAUGGCAAGUGACACAUUGAGUUAAACAUGAAAUUUUAAAGUACAAAGACUAAAAUAGUAUUUUGUCGUAAGGUGUACUCUAGUAGUCCUGUUUUAUUUACAACUUUGUAAAAUCAUUUUCAUUUAUUGGCAUGUAUAGUUUUAAACACAUUUUGAUUCUCUCAAGAUUAUCUUUCUUUUUUUAAUUUAACCAAACCUUUAUUUGUUAGCCAACUAGAAUGUAGUAUACAACCAAACGCUUAAGUGUGAAAAGCAUGAAAAUGGAUGUACAAAAUCAGUGAUUGAAAUUCUAAAAUCAGUGUAAAAUUGUUCUCCACUUUUCUAAUGGGUCAUCCUUGUUGUUGAGCUCUUUAUGUUUGAUUUUCUUUCUUUCUCCUUCAUCUGUGUGAGGAUUUGUAUGCCAUGUGCCCUAACUGAAAAUAGCACUACAUUUUCUCUAACAAUUUUCCAAUAGUGCUAAAAUCUGUUGCCCAGUCGUGACUCACUAUUUCAUCUCUCUCAUUCGGUUCUUGCUUUAUAUAUUUGUAUCUUGCAUCAGGUCAUGUUCAUGUGGUACACUGAUGGAUUUCAAAGGAUAAAAAAGCAACAUAUGAAUGUGAAUUGUUCAACGCAGUACAGUAAACAGAUAUGCACACAAAUAGGCCUACUUCUGCCUAUGCGAUUGGGAUAGUACCAGAUUUCAAAUUCAGCCUUUUUUUUUAGCUCAACUCUGAGGUGCUGUUGCAUAUGACGUGAACAUGCGUGUAUGUCUCAUGCCCUGAUUAUUUUUAGUUAAUUUUUUAUAUCUUGUUAGUCAAGUUUAGAUCUUGUGGGGGAUUAUAUCCGUUGUAAAUGUGACGAUUAAAUUUGUCUAAAUGUG